AUGACUACUACGGUCACAAGAAACAAUCUGAUCCGACGCACUCUUUCUCAUCAUCAGUCACCAAAAAAUAAUAUUACUGAUGGUGCACAUACUGUGCCCGUGGUGGACAUGUCCUUACCCGACCAUCAAGUGGGAGCCGCCGUGCACCAUGCUUGCACUACCGUGGGAUUCUUUCACAUUGUCAAUCACGGUGUUUCCGAAACGCUACGAAACACCGUAUUGGAAGAAGCUCGCAACAUGUUUCGGAACUUGUCCGAAGAACAAAAAGAAACCUUUAGUGUAGCCCAUUCCAAUUCGUAUCGAGGCUAUCAACGCAUCGGAGUCAACAUUACCAGCGAACAGCCAGAUGGUCACGAAGGAUUCGAUUUGAUAUCCGAGUCCACACGAGCCGCCAUCGACCAUGGUUGCCUGACCAAUUAUGGGCACAAUCUGUGGCCGGAUCCACAAUGGGUCCCUCGUCUGCGACCCACAUUGGAAGAGUACAUUUCUCAAAUGAACACUGUAGGAAAUCGUCUCAUGGCAGCGGCAUCCAUUGGUUUGGGACUCGGACGCGACUAUUUUCAACCCUACUUUACCGAUCCCUACUGGACCAUGCGGUUGAUUCGAUAUCCCGCUCGAUAG